CGAAACAAGAACUGGUUCAGCUAGCCGCACUCACUUCCCAUGGAUGCAUUUUUAAAGUCAUCGUUUUACACGCCGGUAUGAGAAUGACCGCAUUGAUGAAGUAUUUCUGUUUGAUAAUUAGAUAUUUAACCAGUGACUGGGUCUGUAGUACUCUCUAAUCGGACCUCCACAUGAUUACAGUGUAACUGCUGUACACCCACUAUAGUCCCUCCCACUGCAAGGCUGUGCAGAUCAGACUGAAAGGGAAGGGGGUGAGCUGAAGACUGGUCAGUCUGUCAGGGACUUAACACAGAAUCCACGGCCAGAGAUGUCUCUGCUCGGUCUCUUCCUCUCGCUCCUCCUCAGCAGCGCCUCAUCCCGUACCUUACCCCGACUCAAACUGAAUCUGAUGGCUGAAAUUCAAGAACGGUUCCUAUUUCACUCGACUGAGGAAUAUACAACCACGCUCCGUGAGGGAAGCACUGUUUACGUUGGGGGGAAAGAAAUUCUUUACCAGAUAAAGUUGGAAGAAGCUCCCAGCUUGAUAAAAAAGAUUGCAGUGCCUGUGGAUAACAAAUCCAUGACAAAUUGUCAAAAGGAGAAUUUGGGGAACUGUCAGAAUGUUAUCAUGGUCCUGCAAAGAUUCAACAGAACCCAUCUUCUUCUGUGUGGGAACAAUGCCUGGAAUCCAAAAUGCUGGUCACUCAUUAACGACACAUUCAGUGAAAUCAUUAAUGGAGGAGGACAACCGAUUGGACGAGGAGUAUGUCCUUUCAGUCCGAAACACGGCUUCACCUCACUGGUUGACGGAGAAAAAUUCUACUCAGUUGCCCCUUUAUAUGAGAAUGGAAAUGUGAACCUUCGAAGGUUUAUGAAACCGAGUCCUUCAUGGCUACUGUCUGUUGACAAGUGGAUGAGAGAUCCCAGUUUUGUGGGAAUGUCACCAAUAGGUGAACACGUUUUGUUCUUUUUCCGGGAAAGGAAUUCGGCAGAAAACCUGGACGUUGACCCCUGGAUAUCACGGGUUGCCCGUGUGUGUAAGGAUGACAGAGGUGGCUCCCGAUUCCAACUGCAGAAUAAAUGGGCAACCUUUCUGAAAGCUCGCCUGCUGUGUAAUGUUCCAUCCGAAAAUGUGCAUUUCAACAGGAUUCAAGAUGUCUUUGUUGCUCAGAGUGGAGACCGCGUUUACGGGAUUUUUCAGAGUAACUGGAACGGGUCAGCAAUCUGCACAUACUCCGUGGAGGACAUUAAUAAUGUGUUCAGUACUUCCAUGUUUAAAGGAUUCACUGAAUCUAUUCCUGACCCAAGACCUGGGACGUGUGGGACUGACACUCAAACUCUGGAAAGUAAUAUACUGAGAAUGGUGGAACACCAUCCUGAAAUGGAGAGUCCAAUCCAUCCCAUCGGAAAAAGCCCCCUUGUCAUCAAGGAUGAGGAUCAUUUCAAGAAAAUCGUCGUGGAUUCCGUUGUUGGUUUCAAUGGAACAGUGUUCUAUGUCCUUUUCCUGGCCAUGGGAGAUGGCAAAAUCCAGAAGGUUCUGGAAAUCGGACAGUCAGUCUUCAUCAUUUCAGAACUUACAAUUCUAAAGGAGCCAGGGCCUAUCUCAUCAAUGUCCCUGGAUUCUGAAGCUAAACUUCUGUACGUUACCACUGCUAAAGAGGUCUUUCGGUUCCCACUGAGGCAGUGUGAAAAAUAUAAUGAAAGCUGUGAAAGCUGCGUCAUGGCCAGGGACCCCUACUGUGCUUGGGAUGUCAGAGAGAAGAAUUGUGUCCCUGUCACACCUCACUCCAGCUACCUGAUCCAAGAUCCUGAAAAUGGUGAUCACAGCAAAUGUCCUUCAGAAAGAGUUGCGUUUUACCGUUCCUCACAAGGAGAGGAUCCUGCUCUUGUCCUGGAGGGCCUUGGCUCAGUUUACCUUUCAUGCCCUAAGCAAUCCCAUCAUGCAGAUUACUCAUGGAAGAUGCAGGGCCAGACAUUGGAAUGUUCUUCAAAUGAAGAUGAAUGCCUUUUCUUCAUAAACAACCUUGCAGAACAUGGAGGUAGCUCAUACCAAUGUGUUUCAAAUGAAAGGGGACAUGAACAGUUUCACACGUCAUAUUUGAUUAAGGAUAGUGGAUCUUCAAUGUACUUGACCAGAUACAGUAUUGCUGUCUACUGUGUUUUCAUGACAGCUGCGGCUCUGCUCUUGCACUGAGUGUGAACAAUGACUCUCUCUCUUGUCCCCUUGUCGCAGAGAUUGGAAACAACUUAUUUGUGCUUCUAGUUUGGAUUUCUGCUGGGAUAUAUUGAGGGUAAAUACACUGAAAUAUUCUAAAUAGCCCUACCUCAAUGGCCAAGUGACAUGUCUAAGGAAGGUCGAAGGUCAAAUGAUCUGUAUCCAUGUGGAAACUACAAUUUAAUCUUUGGAACCUCUCUCAAUAGAACAUUAGGUUCUUAUAAAGAGCAAAUCUAUAACCAUUUACAAAUUUAUAGCUCUGCUCUUCAAAGGGCAGAUUUAUUCCAAAUCUUCAUUCCUGUUGUGUUAUUGGCUCCUUCAGGAGAAAUCAGGUCAGUGAUUGUUCAGGCUUCUUUUGAUUGGUUCAGUUUGUGAGAGAGAGGUUUGUUCUGGAACUCACCUCCCCUUAUCCAGCAAGUCCCAGUCCCACGUCACUCUCUGCUUGCUCAGGGUCACACAUCAUAGAUAAACAUCAAAAGGGGUUAAAUUCUACUUGUUCAUCCCCAGGAUCUUUUAGUGUUUGCUAAUCCUGCUGAGAAGUCAGAGGAUAGGCAGUGUGAAUGUACAAUGUUGGAUUCAGUUCCACAAAUGCUGUCCAAAAGAAGUCCGAUCAGACAUAAAACAUUAACUUUGCUCCUCUCUCUCUGCACGGAUACUGAACGUAGCUGCUGAAUAUUUCCAGACUUUGGAGGGGUUGACAGAGGAGAUUUUGAGAAGAUGUUUCCACUAAGGGGGGAGUCUCAAUCUAGGAGACAUCAUUACAGAAUAAGGGACAUACAUGUAAAACUCUGUGAUCUGCCUCACAAGACAAAGCUUUUCACUGUGCCUCGGCACACGUGACAAUAAAUUCAAUUCAAUUCAAACUGAUGCAAAGGAACACAGGGUGGCUCAGUGGUUAGCACUGCUGCCUCACAAUGCCAGGGACCCAGGUUGGUGUGUAAGGACACCCAGGUCUUGUUGCACCUCCCCCUUACCCAUCAUCACUCGGAUAAUAAUUUACCUUCCUGUUUUUACUCCUCAUGAAUAACCUUGCACUCAUCCAUAUUACACAACAUCUUCCAUUCGAAUCUUCUCAAUGUGAAGCCCAAAUACCAUUUGCUUUCUUCACCAUCUGCUGCACCCUGCAAGCUUACUUUAAGUGACUGGAAUCACCGUAAAUACUCUGACUAAACUGCCCACCGUGUAAUUUCUUGUUCCUGGGAGAAAGUGAGGGCUGCAGAUGCUGGAGAUCAGAGUCAAAAAGUGUGGCGCUAGAAAAGCACAGAUGCUCAGGCAGCAUCUGAGGAAUUCAUGAUGAAGAGUUUACGCUCGAAACGUCGACGCUCCUGCUCCUCGGAUGCUGCCUGACCGGCUGUGCUUUUCCAGCACCACACUUUUUGACUCUGUCACUUAUCCUGAUCAUUUUAUCUGUUUAGUCAGGAAUAUUGUUCUGUGAGCUCUCUACCAUCCGAAGGGCUUGUAUUUAAGGAAAUACUAUUUCUGUCGUUAAAGGAGUGAAUCAUCAGAGAGACCAAAUGUAAAUUGCAAACAAGGGGAAGUUUAAACAUUGAGGCCUCUUUCAUGAUUCAUUGAUGCUCAGAAGGCUAUUUCUGACCCAGGACGACCAAAAUAGCUUUCAAAAAGACAAGGGUUAGAGAGUUAAAUGGAUAGGUUGCCAGAAGAGUGUAACUUCCCUCUUUUAAAUAGCUGUCAUAUUGAAUUCUAUCAGAGAAUUUCCCCUCCUGUCCUUUGGGACCCCAUCACCAAUUAAAAUUCAUUGUGGGAUUCCCAUUUUGCAAACCUCUUUCAAAAUGAACCUGUAAAAAUGAACGUGGGGAGAGCCCCCGAACCUAUUACCACUUUCAGCCAUUAAUACUGCUUUCUUAAAUGGUCUCUAUUUGACCCAAGAUCUUCCCUCAUCCUGUGAUGCACCCACAAUUCAAUAGUUACUACAGCUAAAGGAAUGUAUGAGCAAUAUCUUUUUUUGAGCUGGCUGGUUUUGGAAAAUUUGGGAGAACUCACUGCAUGCCAACAGAGACUGUGGAACAAUACUGAAAUGUGGUGGUAUCCACACUGGAGUGACUGUUGGUAACCCAGUGCAGCAGAACAGGAGUUGCUGUGAAAUGCAUUUGAUGUCCCUACGACAUCCUGAAACAGCCCAGUUUAAAGCCACCCAUUAAAAGUUGGCUCUGAGAACCACUCAUUCAAGAAGCUUGACGUGGGAAACAAAGAUUCUCAGCCACAUGAGCCCACCUCACAUUCUGCUAUCACUCUGAGAAGUACUGUGCCAGUGUGAUUGUUAGGUCUGGUGCAUAGCUGGAAGUGAAAUUCCAAGUGACUCGGUGAAGCCUGUUUGGCUUGUGCAAUGUGAGCUGUUUCUGGUUUUGUGUCUGGGUUGUGACUGAGUAAACAGACCACAACCUACGGGACAGUCUGACUUUGUGCAGUUCCCAGCAUUAAUCAUGGCAGAGGCUCCCAAGUGCUUACAAAGAUGGAUUGUGAUUUUGAGGUGACACAGAAGCUUCUCGAGCUGAGUGGUAAGUGUUAGCCACCCACUGCUCAUGACAACAGCGACGGGGCUCAAUCACAGCAAUUGGAUAAGAAGCCUCAUUCUUGUGAAUGUCCAUUUCACCUUUACGCUUGGAACUUUGUGUGAUUUAGUUCUUUGUUCAUUUUAUGAGAAACAACAGAGAUUGCUUGGUAUUGUAACCGAUGGCUUGUUUCUGCAAACAGCACAUUCAUAUCCAGGCUGCAAGGACAGAGCCGAAUGCAAGCGCAGUCAUUUUAACCAGUGUCCUGGUUAACAAGGGCAUCCAUUGUCACUGAACUAGUUAACUGUAUCAUCCCUACUUCACUGAACUAGUAGCAAUACUGAAAGUCCCAGAUCUUCUUUCACUUUGAGUGCAUGCAACUACAGGAGGGAAGGCAAGAUUUUAAAGUUAGGGCAAGACUCAUUUUACAACAACAGCUUGCAUUUGCGCAGCCCCUUCAGGAUAGCAAUGUACCCAAAAUGCUUCACAGGAGUGUUAUCAACUGCAUUUUGUCACCAAACAUAGAGCACAAUCAUCCAUUUCCUUACUCACAUUAUUUAUGUCUCUUUCUAUAUGACUUUGAAAUCAAACUUAAUUUUCUUAAAAAGAACUGAUUUUAAAUCAUGUAAAAUCAAGCUUAUACAUAUUUGUUUGUGUAGAAAUGCAUAUGUGUCAUGGUGUUUCUCUAUUUAUUUGACUGAAUGAAGGAUGUUAAUGUUUCUUUUUGAGGAUUACUCAAAAAAAAGUCACAUGUUAUUGUAGCUUUUUGUCUUGCAUUCAUGAGGACAAUUCAGGAGAACAGCAAUGUAUAGGGGAACAUUUCCAAAUUAGAGUCAUAGCUCCUGGAGACAUACAGCACGGAAACAGAUCCUUUGGUCCAACUCGUCCGUGCCGACCAGAUAUCCUAACCUAAUCUAGUCCCAUUUACCAGCACUUGGUCCAUAUCCCACCAAACCCUUCCUAUUCAUAUACCCAUCCAGAUGCCUCUUAAAUGUUGCAGCCUCCUCUGGCAGCUCAUUCCAUUCAAGUACCACCCUCUGCAUGAAGAAGUUACCCCUAAGGUCUCUUUUAUAUCUUUCACAUCUCACCCUAAACCUAGGCCCUCUAGUUCUGGACUCCCCCCACCCCAGGGAAAAAAACUUUGUCUAUUUACCCUAUCCAUGCCCCUCAUAAUUUUGUAAAUCUCUAUAAGGUCACCCCUCAGCCUCUGACGCUCCAGGGUAAACAGCCCCAGCCUGUUCAGCCUCCCCCUACAGCUUAAAUCCUCCAAUCCUGGACACAUCCUUGUAGUCCAUGUGCUUUGGCCUGUUCCUUUUCCUUAAAUGCUCCAGGGGCGUUUUAGCACCGGGUUAGGUUCCUACAAGCGAUUGUCUGACACAGGCAGUGAUAUUGUCUUAUUAUAGAAAUUUACGUGGCAGGGCAAUUAUUGUAAUUUUGGAAUUUGCUCUUCUUGUCUUAGUUUUGAUAAACAAAAGGUGAAAAGUUUUGAAAAUGUUUCAUUUUUUUUACAAUUCUGUUACACCGAGUGAUCAGAAAGCAUGGUCGAUAAAGAACUGCUCCACCAGAUUAUAGAGUUGCAUGUGUCAUUGUGAGGAAAACCAGGGAAUUGCAGAGCCCACUUAUCCAAUCGUCUCUGGUUGGGACAUUACACCAGCAUGUAAAUGAUUGAACUUUCUCAAAUUUUCUUUCAUGGAUCAGAAAGUGCCAGCGUGGAUUUGUAAAGGAUCCAUCUUACUAAAGAAAUAAGAGCAGGAGUAGGCCAUUCAGCCCCUCAAACCUCUCUUCCAUUCAAAAUCACAGUUGAUGCUCAAUGACCCUUUCUGAAGAAGUGACUGCACUAGUGAACAGAGGUCAUGAACACUGGAGAAUUGCUGGAGAAACUCAACAAGGCAUGGCAGCAUCUGUGGAGAGAAAGCAGUAUGAACAUUGAGUCCAGUAACCCUUCUUCUGAAUAAUACUGAAGAAGGCUCACUGGGCUUGAAACAUUAACUCUGCUUUCUCUCUCCAUAUAGACACUGCCUGACCUGCUGAGUUUCUCCAGCAAUUUCUGCUUAUGUUGGUUUCAGACCACCAGCAUCUGCUGUGCUCUUUUUCUUUGUGUUGGUUGUCCAUGUUGUUAAUGUGGGCUUUCUAAAAACAUUCGAUAAACCUCAGUGAGAGAUUCUGAAAUUGGAAGCACAUGGUUGGCUUGAUCCCAAAACUGACUGAGCCACAAAAUUGAAAAUCUGGUUGGCAGGAUGACAUUCAACACAGGUCUUUAUUGGGGUCUCAGGUUUGGAGAUUGAGAUUAAUUGAUUGAUUGAUUCCUGUUAAUCAGUGACAUUGAGGGGCCAGUGGCAAAGGCUUGACCAUGCUCUCAGUGACUGGCAGGAUGCAGUCUUGGGAGUAACCAUCCGCCUUGUCUUGUUAUAUUAAGUGUAAGUUUUAGUUUGGCCAAGUUUACUAGCUUCUGUGGUAAAAUUUGCAUGUAAUUCCAGCUCCUUCUUCAUCCACUGAAUUUCUAAGUGAGCUUGCAAUUUGUGCUUUGAACAAUGAGCCAAUGGAACCACCAUUUACACCGCAUUGUCAUUGUUUCAGGUUAUCCAAUCGUGUUGAAAGUAAAUCUCAAAGCUAAGUAAUUCAACAUCAACCACUCUGAUUUGUAACAUGUGCUUCAUUUAAUGUGUAACAUGCAUCUUAGUGUAUUUUUUUAGAUUAGAUUACUUACAGUGUGGAGAUUAUUUUAGAUUACUUACAGUGUGGAUCUUCCAUCUGUAAACUUAAUGAAACUAAAAAUAAAUUUACAACUGAGCCAUA